AUGGCGGCCGCUGGAUACGAUAACCUGCAGCUCCGAGGGAAGUACGGCACGGAGAAGUACUGGCCGGAGAAGAAGCUGAAGAUUUGCGUCACCGGCGCCGGCGGCUUCAUCGCGUCGCACCUCGCCAAGAGGCUCAAGGAAGAGGGGCACCACAUCGUCGGAUGCGACUGGAAGAGGAACGAGCACAUGCCGGAGGAAAUGUUCUGCGACGAGUUUAUACUCGCGGACCUGCGUCUGUUUGAAAACUGCCAGAAAGUCCUCAAAGGCUGCGACCACUGCUUCAACCUCGCCGCAGACAUGGGCGGCAUGGGCUUCAUCCAGAGCAACCACUCCGUCAUCUUCUACAACAACGUCAUGAUCUCUUUCAACGUCAUGGAAGCGUGCCGCGUCGAGGGCGUCACGCGCGUCUUCUACGCCUCCUCCGCGUGCAUCUAUCCCGAGGGCGCGCAGCUCACGACCGAGGCGCGUCUCUCCGCGGGGCUGAAAGAGGCCGACGCGUGGCCGGCGCAGCCGCAGGACGCGUACGGCCUCGAGAAGCUCGCGUCCGAGGAGGUCUACAAGCACUACCAGAGCGACUUUGGGAUCCAGACCAGGAUCGCGAGGUUCCACAACAUCUACGGCCCGUUCGGGACGUGGAAGGGGGGCCGCGAGAAAGCGCCCGCGGCGUUUUGCCGCAAAGCCGCGACGGCGACGACGGAGGUGGAGAUGUGGGGCGACGGCCUCCAGACGCGGUCGUUCACGUACAUCGACGACUGCGUCGAGGGGAUCGUCCGCCUCACGAAGUCCGACUUCUGCGAGCCCGUCAACUUGGGCUCGGACGAGAUGGCGCUCGCGCUCGGCUUCGCGGGUAAGCCGGACAUGCCCAUCAAGCACAUCCCCGGUCCCGAGGGCGUCCGCGGCCGCAACUCCAACAACGACCUCAUCAAGGAGAAGCUCGGGUACGCGCCGUCCGUGCCGCUCGCGGAAGGCCUGAAGGUGACGUUCGAGUGGAUCAACGAGAAGAUCGAGGAGGAGGUGAAGGGUGGCGCGAACGCGGAGGAGGCGUUCAGCAAGUCGACCAUCUGCGGGACGAUGGCGCCGACGGAGCUCGGCGCGUUGCGCGCCGCGGACGGCCAGGAAGGCCUCAAGGCGAAGUGA